AUGCCAAUACCUCUUAAAAAUGUACUUGAUGAGGCAGUGAAGAUUAUAAAUUUCGUAAAAUCUCGACCAUUGAGCACAAGACUGUUCACAAUUUUGUGUGAAGAUAUGGGAAGUAUGCACAAAUCACUACUUUACCAUACCGAAAUAAGAUGGCUUUCUCGGGGAAAAACACUUGUACGCUUACUCGAAUUGCGCAAUGAAUUGUACGUUUUUUUCACCGAUCACCCAUUUAAUUUACAGCUCAGACUUAGUGAUAAAAUUUGGUUAUUUCGACUUAGUUACUUGGCUGAUAUUUUUACAAAAUUGAAUGAAGUGAACUUAUCAAUACAAGAAUCGAUUGAUGGUAAUAUUGAAGAUUUUGAUGAAAUAUAUGGCGAAAUUGAACAACAUUUAAAUGAAAUACUAUCGUCAUUAGAAAAAUAUUUUCCAGAAAGUAAAGACAUAGAAUUUAUCCAACGAUAUAAUUGGGUUAAAAAUCCGUUUUUAAUCAACGAUAAGCCCGAAGAUUUAUCUAUAACGGAGUAUGAAGAAUUUAUUGAAAUGACCACCGAUUCAUCUUUAAAAACUUUAUUUGAUAAAAUAUCAUUAACAGAUUUUUGGUUCAGUAGCAGUAUUACUAACGAAUAUCAAUCUCUGGCUAAAAAAGCUAUCUUAGCACUUCUUCCUUUCGCAACAACAUAUCUAUGUGAAACCGGAUUUUCUUCAUAUGCAUCAAUGAAAACCAAAUAUCGUAAUAAAUUGGAUGCUGAAGCAGAUAUGCGUAUUCAACUCUCGCAUAUCAAGCCAAAUAUAAAAAUACUGGUCAAUAAAAAAAGCCAACAUCACGGAUCACAUUAA